AUGAACUGUAGAACAGCUCACUUACUUGAUUUAUCUGACGAAAUAUUACUUAUUAUUUUAAAAAAACUUGAUUCCGUUGAUGUUCUUUAUUCAUUAUUCAAUGUUAAUAAUCGACUCGAUCAAAUGGCAAGAAGUGUUAACAAUACGAAAUUCUUAAACUUUUCAAAUAAUAAUGUUCAACUUAAUCGAUUUUGUUGUGAAAUAUUACCUCAAAUACAUCAUAACAUUGUAGUACUUACUCUUGAAAUAUUUUCUAUGGAACGUAUUCUUCUUGCCUGCGAAUAUCCUAAUCUUACUGUUAUUGUUUUAACUAAUUUUUUGCCAGGUAUUCUUUUACAAUAUUUAACAGAAUUCUCAUUAACUAGCUAUUUACACACAUACGUUUAUGAUUGUCGAAUAUUAUCACUUCUUCGUCGAAUGCCAAAUUUAGAAACUCUUACUCUAGGUCUCGAUAUAGUACGAUUAUCUGUUAUUGAUGGUUUACAUCUUAAUGAAAAACUUCUUAUUCAUAUGAAAUAUUUAAACAAGUUUAUAUUCCAUAUUUGUACUGUUUUAAGAACUUCUCAAACGAAUAAUUUCUUAGCAGCGAAUGAUAUUAAAAAUACAUUUCUUAAUUGGAAAUAUUCUUCAGUUAAUUGUUGUAUCGACCAUUUUUCGGACGGAUAUAGUUAUUGUCAUAUUUAUUCGACACCAUUUCAGAUGACUCAUUUUACGUGUCUUUCAAACAGUUUUCAUGGUCAAGACUUCUUAUAUGUUACUAAUUUAUGGUUAUUUGAUAGACGGCCAUUUGAACAUGAUUUUUUCGAAUGGCUAUCUCAAGCAUGUCCAUCACUCAAACAUUUACUCAUUGACAAUUUAACACCACAGGCAAAUAAACGUCAAGCUACAAUAAUUGAUGAUAAAGAAAUCUUCUCAAAAAUUUCAUAUUUACAUUUAUUUAAACUUAACCUUGAUGAUGCACAUAUUGAUUAUGUUGAUCAAUUUCUAUGUUAUACAAAUACAUAUUUACCAACUCUUCACAUACUUAUAAUACAAUAUGAUAAAUUAGUUGCUGUCACAGAUAAUUUUACAAAUGAUGCAAAACAAAUUAAUUGUAGUCAAAUCAAACAAAUCGUAUUUGAUCAAUCGCUUGUCUUAACGAAAGAUUUUUAUGAUUAUUUUCCUUGUUUAUAA